AUUCCGAGGUCCUGGCGUGUGGCGCGUGCGAGUGAGUGACCCACGUUGCGAGCGAAAGUCAUGAGCCGCGAGUGGUGACACGGGCCAGGCUCGGAGCGGCGGAGACCCCGCGGGUGACCCGGAGGGAAGACACGCGCGCGGGUGGAGAAGGGGCGCGGAGAGGGGCGGGGGCCGCACGGUGGCGCCCUAGUCGUGUCGUGCCCUUUGGGGGCAGGAGCCGCGGAGAGAGCCCCUGCUUGGGGAGCUAGAGCAGGGGGGCCGCGGAGAGGACGCCGAGGGCUGCAGGGAUGAGGACGACGCAGAGACGCCGCGGAGGGCAGUAGCGGUGGAGAGAAUCUGGAGGAGCCGUCAUCGGUGAAGGGCUGCGAUGGGAGAAGCUGUGAGGGGCCAGACCGGGACCGAGGCGUGAAAGGAUCGUGCAGAUGGCCUGGGGUACAAGUAGCAAUGUAGAAGGGCCGAAGAGGAUUCAGACAGGUGUGUAUGAGGGAGAAGUUUGAAGAAAGGGAGAAGCCACCUCGGGUGCCGUGUGGAGCAUCCCUAGGGUCUGAUUACGGAAGGUACCUGCACCAGGCACCUAAGGCAUCGAUCGGAAGCAGGGGCUUCCGCCAUUUGACUAGGAAUGUGGGUCCUUCUCCGAUGCGUGUACCCCCUCCGUAUCCUGCUGUCCCUGCGCGGGAAGUGGAUGGGCUGGAGGGGCCUGCCUCGAAGCUUGGUCCCAGGCCCUCCUCGAAGACGGUACAGGAAGGAGGCUCUCCCAGCCCUGGAGGUGCCAGUGUUGCCUGUAACUGCAACGGAAAUCCGCCAAUAUUUGCGGGCACACGGGAUCCCCUUCCAGGAUGGCCACAGCUGCCUGCGGGCACCCAGCCCCUUUCUGGGAGCCUCGCAGCUCAAGGACCAGACUGGUGCUACCACUUCCUUCAGCCUCUACAUUAACAAGACCACAGGCCGCUUUCUCUGCAUGACCAGCCUAGCAGAGGGCAGCUGGGAAGACUUCCAGGCCAGCGUGGAAGGGCGUGGGGAUGGAGCUAGAGAGGGAAUCCUGCUGAGUGAAGCCCCAGGAGCUGAGGACAGCGAGGAGGUCCGGAGGAUCUGGGACCGCGCGGUACCUCUCUGGGAGCUGCCUGAGCAGGAGGAGGCGCAGCUGGCUCGUGUGAUGUUCGGCCUUACCAAGGUGACAGACGACGCACUCAAGCUUUUCAGUGUGCGGUAUCUGCGGCCUGCUCGGAGCCUUGUCUUCCCUUGGUUCUCCCCUGGAGGUUCGGGAUUACGAGGCCUUAAGCUCCUAGGGGCUGAAGGCCAAGGGGAUGGAGUGCACUACGUGGAGACCACCAUUCCUCGGCCUGGAGCCUACCACAAUCUGUUUGGAUUACCGCUGAUCGGUCGUCGAGAUGUUGAGGUGGUACUGACGAGUCGUGAGCUGGACUGCCUGGCCUUAAACCAAUCCACAGGGCUGCCCACUCUUGCCCUUCCCCGAGGAACAACCUGCUUGCCCCCUGCCUUACUUCCUUACCUCGAACAGUUCCGACGUAUCGUGCUCUGGCUUGGGGAUGACCUUCGGUCCUGGGAAGCUGCCAAGUUGUUUGCCCGCAAACUGAACCCCAAGCGAUGCUCCUUGGUGCGGCCUGGGGAUCAGCAUCCCCGCCCCCUGGAGGCCCUAAACCGAGGCUUAAAUCUUCCUCGAAUUCUGCGCUCUGCCCUGCCCGCUUGGCACAAGUCUAUUGUGUCUUUCCGGCAACUUCGGGAGGAGGUACUAGGAGAACUGUCAAAUGUGGAGCAGGUAGCUGGCGUUCGCUGGAGCCGCUUCCCAGACCUCAAUCGUCUCUUGAAGGGACAUCGGAAGGGCGAGCUGACAGUCUUUACAGGGCCAACAGGCAGUGGAAAGACGACAUUCAUCAGUGAGUAUGCCCUAGAUUUAUGUACCCAGGGGGUGAACACGCUAUGGGGUAGCUUUGAGAUCAGCAACGUGAGAUUAGCUCGGAUCAUGCUAACACAGUUUGCUUUGGGGCGGCUGGAAGAGCAACUGGACAAAUACGAUGAGUGGGCCGACCGCUUCGAGGACCUUCCCCUCUAUUUUAUGACUUUCCAUGGGCAACAGAACAUCAGGACUGUAAUAGACACAAUGCAGCAUGCGGUCUAUGUCUAUGACAUUUGUCAUGUAGUCAUCGACAAUCUGCAGUUCAUGAUGGGUCACGAGCAGCUGUCCACGGACAGGAUUGCAGCUCAAGACUACAUUGUUGGGGCUUUUCGGAAGUUUGCGACAGACAGUAACUGCCAUGUGACGCUGGUCAUUCAUCCCCGGAAGGAGGAUGAUGAUAAGGAACUGCAGACAGCAUCCAUUUUUGGUUCAGCCAAAGCAAGCCAGGAAGCGGACAAUGUUCUGAUCCUGCAGGACAGGAAGCUGGUAACUGGGCCAGGAAAACGAUACCUGCAGGUGUCCAAGAACCGUUUUGAUGGAGAUGUAGGUGUCUUCCCACUUGAGUUCAACAAGAGUUCUCUCACCUUCUCCAUACCACCAAAGAGCAAGGCCCGGCUCAAGAAGAUCAAGGAUGACAAUGGCCUAGUGGCCAAAAAGUCCUCUUCUGGUAAAAAGGGGGCUGUGCCCCGGAACUCUGAGACUUUCUCGGGUGAGGCCCCCAACCAGCCAGACCCCUCCCAACUUUCAAGGUGAAGGAGAUAGCGGAGGACACUGGAACGAGCCUGACAGGACAGGUUGGGGCAUAGGCUCUUCCUUGGCCCUCUGCUAGGACUGCCUCUGUCCUGUGGUCCUAAGCGAUGGGCCCUUCUCAGUGUGAAGGGCCUAGCCUAGGGCAGGGUCCCCUAGGGAGAAUUCAGUUUAGCAGAUAUUUGAGAAACUACCGUGUGCCAGGCUUUGUUCUAGAUCUGGGAAUACAGCACUGACAAGACAGAUGAAGUCCCUGCUUCCAUUGAAAAUGCAGUCUGGUGAGAGUACAAAAUAAGUUAAUGGACAAAUAAACACAAAACGUAAUUUCAGGUAGUGAAAAAUUCGAACUGAAAAAAAAAAAUAGUAAUGCGAUAGUGCUUACAGGCUAGUUUAGAUUAAGGUCUGAAAAGGUGUCUCUGAACAGAAAACCUUUGAGCUGGGGCCUUAAGAACUAGUAUUGAGCCAUGUGGACAUCUGGAGAAAGAGGGAUCCAGGUAGAAGGAAAAGGAAAUAGGCCCUGAGGUGGGAAUGAGCAAGUCGAGUUCGAAGCAGUGAAGUCAGGCCCCCUGAACCUGGAGAAGAGGAGACUUCUUGCCAAAAUUCCAGCCUAGGCUUUCGGAGCCACAGGGUGACAUGGUGGGUACCAAGCUCCUCCGCUCCCCACUCUGGAGCCUGCUGUGCGGUGGCACUAUCAUUGGAUCCUAGGUCCUUGGCCCUGUAACAUCAGGGCCCUGUGAUGAAGGUGGAAGCUUGGCCAGAGAGCCAUGGAAGGAAGCUGUGAGCACAGAGUGCCUGCCACCUGGACACUGAUUGUAUGGAAUGCUGCCUCUGACCACUUGAGUGGAUGCAGGCAUAACUUUUUGUAGAGCCUUUCCCAGUUUUAUUGAAAAAAAAAAAAAAAAAUGUUUUUUCUCAUUG